AUGGUGAACAUUACGGAGAAAAUCAAGGAGAUCGAGGAUGAGAUGCGGAGGACCCAAAAAAACAAGGCAACUGAAUAUCAUCUCGGUCUUCUGAAAGGAAAACUCGCACGUUACAGAGCACAGCUUCUCGAGCCAGGACCCGGCGCAGGCUCAAGCGGAGGAGCAGGUUUCGAUGUCUCCAAAAGCGGAGACGCUCGAAUUGCUCUCGUCGGAUUUCCGUCUGUCGGAAAAUCAACUUUUCUGUCCAAAAUCACCAAGACUAAAUCCGAGGUCGCGGCGUAUUCUUUCACGACCCUUACUGCAAUUCCUGGAGUCUUGGAGUAUGGCGGUGCUGAGAUUCAGAUCCUGGAUUUACCUGGUAUUAUUGAAGGUGCGUCCGAGGGAAAGGGGAGAGGAAGACAGGUUAUUAGUGCUGCGAAGACUAGUGAUAUGAUUUGUAUGAUCUUGGAUGCUACGAAGAAAGCUGAGCAGAGGAGCUUGCUGGAGGCGGAGUUGGAAGCUGUGGGGAUUAGACUGAAUCGGGAACCUCCGUACCUUUGCCUCCUACCUCCGUUCUUGAUUCCUGCUAAUCUAAAGUCUAGAAACAUCUACCUAAAACCCAAAACCGCAGGAGGAAUGAAAAUAACCUUCCAAACACCCCCCAAAAACCUCGACCAGAAAAUGGUCUACAACAUCCUCCGCGACUACAAGAUCCUCAACUGCGAGGUUCUCGUGCGCGAUGAAAACGUCACCGUCGACGAUUUCAUCGACGUGAUCAUGAAAGACCACCGGAAAUACAUUAAAUGUCUGUAUAUCUACAACAAAAUCGAUUCCGUAUCGCUUGAUUUCCUGGAUAAACUAGCGAGAGAACCGCAUACGGUCGUUAUGUCGUGCGAACUCGAUCUUGGGAUUCGGGAUGUGGUUGAUCGAUGUUGGGAGGAGUUGAAGCUGAUUCGGAUUUAUACGAAGAGGAAGGGUGUGGAUCCGGAUUUUAAUGAAGCGUUGAUUGUGAGGAGUAAUAGCUCGAUUGAGGAUGUUUGCGAUCAGAUUCAUAGGACGUUGAAGGAUACGUUUAAGUAUGCGCUUGUCUGGGGAGCGAGUGCGAGACAUGUUCCGCAGCGGGUGGGGUUGGGUCAUAUUGUGGCGGAUGAGGAUGUUGUUAGUAUUGUUAGUAAUUGGAGAGCCUAG